ACAUAACAACGUGCGUGGAUGUAACUGAGAGAAGAGAAGAGUUUCACUUUUCAGUUUUGUUUUCUUUGUGUGAUAUAGCUAGUGUUGUGUUCAUAGCAUAGCAUUCAACCAUUUUUCUAUUUCCCUUUUUGGUUCUUCCUAUGAUAAACCAGAACUUGCAGCAUUGAUAUUGAUACAGUGUGUAGUGUGUGUGUGUGUUGGUUGAUUGAUUCAAUGAUUAAUCUAUCACCCACUUUGUUUGACUUUUGAAUUCAAUCUUCCAUCCCAUUUCCCCUUUCUUUCCUCUCCAUCAUUUCUCUCUUGUCUCUUGUUUUCUUAAUCUAGAUUCUUCAACACAAUUCAACACUUGUUCUUGGUCAUUACUCAUUACCAAAUUGUUCAAAAAUCUUCUUCUGAGAGAUAUAUACUCCUACUUGCUUUUGGAUCCAAUUUGUGUACAUUUUUCUUUUUCUUUUGAAGGAUGCAAGCAAUUUGAGUGGACUGGAUCUGUGGUUGUUGUUUCUCUUUUGGGUGUUUUUGAUUCCCUAAAAGAAAUCCAAAAAGUUGGUUUUUGAUCUGAGUUUUCAUUCAUCAAUUUCUGAUUUGUGUUUGUGUGAUCAUGGGCUGUACAAGUUCCAAACAAAAGGGAUGCAUUCAUUGCAGCCCUUCACAUUACCCUAUGCCUAGAAGCUAUUCGAUGCAUGUUCAUCACCCACCUCAAAGCAAAGGGGACACUUACCAUGUUGUGGCACUCACAUCAACCACAUUAGGUUCUCUGGACCUGGUUUCCCACAACCAUCAUGGCAAUGGCUGCAAGUUUUCCAAUGGUAAGGUUAGUGAUAGUGAAAGUUUCAUAACCCAGAAAGAAGAGGAGAAAAGUGAGGCAAAGACAUGGUCCAAUAUGAUUGAGGAAAAGUUGCCAAAAAAAGUUACUCCAAAGACUCCAAUCACAACACCACCUUGUGAGCCAGAGACUAUCAACACAUGGGAAUUAAUGGAAGGACUUGAAGACACAGGCCCUUUAUUGAGAUCACCAGUUCACUUCAGGAGCUUCUCUUUUGAUGUUGUCAGAACCAAUGGCCAUGUUGAUCCAGCACAACUCAAGGCUAGUUUCAUUGAGGAGGGGUCAAAUCUCAAGGAUGAAGUUUCAGACUUUGAUGAUGACCCUCAAGUGGUUUCAUCAUUCCAGAAGUCAUUGCAAGAGAAAAAGGAGAGCAUGGCUAAAACGAGAUUCUUCCCUUUUGAGGAAAAGAAAAUCAAUUCUGGUGAUAAGGUGGUGUUAUAUUUCACAAGCCUGCGUGGCGUGAGAAAGACUUAUGAGGAUUGCUGCAAUGUGAGGCUGAUUCUGAAAGGAUUGGGCUUCAAGGUGGAUGAGAGAGAUGUGUCAAUGCAUUUGGGGUUCAAGGAGGAGCUUAGAGAGCUACUCAUUGAUGGGUUUGGAGGAUUGCCAAGGGUGUUUGUUGGGAGAAAAUACAUUGGUGGAGCUGAGGAGAUUCAGAAGCUUCAUGAGGAUGGGAAAUUGGAGAAAUUGCUUGAUUGUUGUGAGAGGAUUGAUGAUCACAAUGAUGUAUGUGAUGGAUGUGGGGAUAUAAGGUUUGUGCCUUGUGAAACCUGUUCUGGAAGUUGUAAAAUCUACUAUGAUGAUGAUGAAGAAGAAGAAGAACAAGAUCAUGGUGAGGUAGGUGAGUAUGGAUUCCAGCGUUGUCCUGAUUGCAAUGAAAAUGGGCUAAUACGUUGCCCAAUGUGUUACUGCUAGUUCCCUCUUCUGUGAUGAUGACAAUUAACUACUUAAACCAAUUUUUGAAGUUGUGAUUCUGUGUAUUUUGUUUAUAGUCAGUUUUUGGUGUACAGUAUAAUUUUGAUUUGCUUGAUUGAUUGUAAGAAAGAAGAGGAAGAAAGUAGAAGAGUGAAUAACAAUGCCACUGAAUCUAAGUCCCUUUGCACAACCAGUGCAUUUUACUUCAUA